GGUCACGGAGGAGAGAAACAGGCAGGACGGAGAGGGAGAGAGGGAGAGAGAGAGACACAACAGGCUGGUGGGACUCCAACACCAUCUCUGGAGGGCUCCGACGGCUCAGAUUGGGUGGAUGACCUGGGGAGGCGGGUCGUGCAGGCAAGAGGACUGACAAACCCCUUCAAUCCGCCCGCCCUCCGCCCAACACAGCAACAGGACAACCACUGUCGCUCCUAUCAGAGAGUGCAAUCACACAUUUCCUCCUGUUCGAUGGCACUUCUGAAGAAGAGAAAAUAAAAGAAUCGUGUUGGAACUAUUGCUUGCUCAUUGGGCCUUAUUUUGUGAUAACGUUUUCACAAGGUUAAGACUACAGGCAGUCCUGUUGGCCUCGACGCAGGAGAAUGGAGGAAUCUUCAGGCCAGUCAAGGUGGUUAAACCACCAGGCCCUACUGAGUGCAGGCCAGGAGUCCCUGCUCCACUAUACAGACGAGAUCCCCAUUCCGUCCAGCACCAACGAAGCUGAUGCUUUCUUCAGCCAUGCCGAGGGGGACGGCAGCCUGGCCCAGCCGUACUACACCAGCCCGGUUCACAGCAGGGCUGUCGGGAGUUACCGACAUGGUGAGUACAAACUCCCGCUCCCAAAGGAAGGGACAACUGAACCGCCACCUUACACCAGCAAUGCCGUCCCUCUCUGUUCUGGAGCUGAGAACAGCAAGAUCCCAUGGGCGGAAUUGCAGCUGUGUCACGCUCCAACCCUCAGAUCCCCGUCACCGGGUAAAAGCAACCCAAUGAUCUUCACCACCAGAGGCUGCUUCCUGGCCCAGUCGCUCAGCACUGACACUGUUCCCUUCCCUGUUCUCCCCCAGCACUGUGCCUGCUCUGUGGCCCGGUCUCCCAGACACAGACUGACCACUGCCCUAUGUGUUUUCCUUUCAGAGGCCCGGGAAUGUGUGAACUGCGGAGCAACAGCUACACCUCUGUGGCGGAGAGAUGGGACUGGACACUACCUCUGUAAUGCCUGCGGCCUCUACCACAAAAUGAAUGGCCAGAACCGACCACUCAUUAGGCCCAAGAAGCGCUUGAUUGUGAGCAAGCGAGCAGGCACGCAGUGUGCAAACUGCCACACUAGCACCACCACGCUGUGGCGCCGUAACAUCAAUGGAGACCCAGUCUGCAACGCCUGUGGGCUGUACUACAAAUUACACCAUGUGAACAGACCUCUGACUAUGAAGAAGGAUGGUAUCCAGACCCGCAACCGGAAGGUUUCGAACAAAUCAAAGAGGGUAAAGAAAUCCCAGGAGCACUUUGGCGAGCUGCCCAAGGACAUGGGGAAUGAGGGUUCCCCUUUCCCUUUGGGCUCAGCUGCCUUCCAGAGCCAGCUGACCUCUGUCGGUCACAUGGUGCCCUACAGCCAUGCCCCUCACCUGCUGGCCAACCCCCUGCACCCUCAGCCGAGCCUAAGCUACAGCCAUCACCCCUCAACCAGCAUCGUGUCAGCCCUCAGCUAGGUAGACUCCUUCCCACCCUGCUGGAGAGUAGCCCCUACUCUGGGAUCUCACGCCGAUGGAUAACAGAUACACCAAACCCCACACCAUACCCAUGUGGGAGCCGAAACCGUGCAAACUCUAACUGCUCGACGUGCACAUGCUCCCGGCAAAGGGGCAACAAAUUCACACUUCAACAGACUGUACAGAUUUUCUCCGUAAGAGGUUAACCUCUGCCCUGGGUGUGAUCUGGGUUCCUGGCCAAAGCCAGCUACACAUAUAGUAUUUUUGGAUACAAAUAUAUGUAUAAAUAAGUAAUCCCAUAUUUACACAUCAACUGGCGACUUUGUUAUAUCCAACACUUGCUCAACCGACCACAUUGAAGAGCGAGAGCAGAGAAUGAAGGAUCCGGGCGAGGAGGAGAAUAUUGUUCUUUAUCAAACUCUUGUCAAAUAUCUUGACACACCAACUUGGUCACCAGGUAACCACCACUUUCUGAUGCGUUUCUUUCCCACUGUGUUUGCAAUGCGGUCCUCAGCUGAGACUACUCCAUGGCAACAUCUCAACCAACCAAGACAUGACACGUUGGCAAAUUCGCACUCCUUGGCUCCAAGCAUGAUAAAUUAUGAAAUUUGGCAUUCUUGCAUGUGUCCUGAUGUCAAGACACAUCACCAGUGCUUCUCAAUUAAUUCCCAGCAAUACCCUGUUACAGAUGAAUUAAGGAAAAUAGAUCCUGGUCCUUUCGAGAAGUGCAUUUGGAAGAAUCUUUCAGUGACAUGGCCUCAGGAAUUCACUCUAUGCCUUUUGUUUGGGAACCUCCUCCUACUACAUUCUUUCCCAAUCUCUGUAACCACCACCUGUACCGACACUCCCCCAUCUGUCACCUCCUCCAGCCCUGACAUUCCCCAUCUCUGUCACCUCCUCCAGCCCCUACACCCCUAAACCUUUCACCUCCUCCAUCCUUCAGUCUCCUCUAUCUCUAUAACAUCGUCCAGUUGCUACAAUCUUCACUAACUUUGUCUCUGAUAUCUUCUGCAGCCCCUCUGAGAUCUCUGAACUCCUCCAUUGCUCUGCCAUUGUUGGUCAUGCCUUCAGCUCUUUGUUUGAGAGGUGGGGACAUUGUCUGAGCUUUAGAACGCCCUCCCUAAACCUGCCUACCUCACUUUAUGCCCUUCUUUAAAAUGACCCGUUGUGACUGCUGUUUUGGUCACUUGUCUCUAACAUCACCUUACUUGACUCAGCGUCUGAUUUUAUUUUGUACUGCUCUUACAAAGUGCCUUGGGGAUGUUUUAUUUCGCUGAGUGCUCUGUAAAAACGUGACUUGUCAAUGUUGUUGUGUUAGUUGCUCUGUAAGAACUAUCAAGUGCAAUGGACAAUGUGUAUUUUAUGUAUUACAGUAUAUUACAGCAUUAACCAUUAA